AUGUUACUCGCGAGGCCGUGCAUCUAUGGUGAACGCGCAAAAGCAGUUAUUUGCAUUAAAAUGGAUUUGAAAGUAAUUAAAGUAUGGGUUAUAUCAUUUAUCAUUGCACUUGGUUUAAUGCACCAUUCAAGAACAAGAAAGAUACUGCAUAUUAUUUUCAUAUCAUGUUUAUAUGCUUUAAUUUGUUUUUUCGGUUUCAAAGAAUAUGCUAUUCACAUUAUCAUCGUUUAUGGAUUUAUAAUGAUAAUCUGGACUUUAUAUGAAAGACGUUUAUUAUUUAGAACAUUUAUUAAUCUACACUACAUUCGCGGUAAUAACGAACUUAUUCUACAACCAUGGACACCAAGAUGGAAAGAAGAGUUUCUAAAUGAAAAAUUGCGUUUGAAUAAUAUUAUUUUGUCAAAAUGGCAGCAUAUUUUUGAUAAAGAACUUUCAUCAGAUGGAAUUGUUCAUAUUGGUUCAACUUCGAUCACAAAUAUUGGAUUAGCUAAACCGGUACACGAUACAGCAAUUGCUAUUACGACGAAAUAUCUAUUUGAUUUUCUGUUAAAUAUUGACAAAAAUUAA